AUGACAAACUCGCUCUCCCCAGAAUUCUGGCAAAACCUGGUCUUCGACAUACUCAAUUUCAUCAUGCAAGCCAUCUUUCUCUGGCAAGCGUAUCGAAUGGAACGAACUCUGAUCACGUACUGGGAAAUGCAUCAUGCAGAUGGAUUCAACGAUGGGAUGGUUCGUUCACACCCAAAGGCAGCGCUACCGCAUCCACCAGCGAUGUAG